CAGCUUAUGUGGCCAUCACCUGCACGGCACCGCGGGGACCUCUUCAACACCGACCUAGUUGUGUACGUGUGCCGGAUUUCUGUGAAGAAGCUGUCUCGGGUGUCCGCCCGGUCAUAGCCGCGAGCUGCAAAAUGCCUUCUCUCAUGCUCUGGUAGCUCCUGAUGCCUGCUAUUACCAGCGACAAGGCACAAUGGAAGAUUCCGACAGUCAAGCGUCAGUUUCCGAAACAGAAGUGUCUCCCACAGCAGUAAAUACCGGGCCACCAGGGCCGAACUUCGAGCUCGUCAUCAUCUCCUACGGCCAUGCCAAGGGCCCGCUCACUCUCCCAGCAGAGAGUGGCAGUGUCGAGCGGCUCACCUUUUCCGUAAGAGACAUCAAAAACCCGCCUGCCAGGCUUCGCAGGACGCAUACGGGCCUAUCCUCUCAUCUGCGCAAGGAAGUCAUGGCCAACCAGGCCGCCGACGCAAGAUUGAAUUUCAUUGUCGAGGCUGUGCGGACGAAGAUGGGUGAGAUGAAGCUCGCCCACGAGAGAGGCAGCACAAGCACGGAGACACCUUUACCCUCGAGAGGGCAGUCAACGCUCGUUGUCGGUAUCAUGUGCGAACGAGGGAAACAUCGCAGUGUCGCCUUUGCGGAGGAGCUUUCUCGGAAAAUCCAAGCAGAUAACUCUUGGGUGGUCUCGGUUCAGCAUCGUGAGCUGGGACUGUUGCCAGAUGGCAAAGGCGCUGUUAUCGGGGAUGAGAACAUCCUGACGGGAGGUGGACAAGCCGGAGACAAGCCCAAGACACAACGUCAUAUGCCCAGGAAGAAAGGUAGGUCGUCAGACAGAAGGUUUGCGCAAGAAGCUGUCCCUGAUGUCGAGGAGGACACUUGAAAGCCCCUCGCAUGGAGAGGAACAAGAGCUAUCAUUCUACCGGCGCUGAAUGGGCCACUUCCGAUGGUUGUUUAUAGAAAUCUGUCCAUGCUUUGUAAUAUCGCAACCUUUGCCCUCCCGGCUACGUAUCUCUAUUACCUGCACAAGAAGGAGGC